AUGGCUCUGCAGACGCAGAUUCUUGAUGAUCCGCUCUUUGACAACUACGUUCCGAGUGACUUUUUGCCCAUCACCCAAUACCUUGUCCCUAGUGAUGUCUUCAGUGAUGAACACAUUUACGAGAACGAUGAUGCAGAUAUUGAGGGCGAAACUAAAGUUGCACCGCUGUUCACACAAAAUUCGAUAGGCCUGAAUCGAUUUGAUUGCCCCUCUCACUCAUUCACAUCCCUAAAAGUUCAUCAAGAUGACGAGCUAGAAUCUCUUCUGUUGGGGGUGUAA